GCCAAUUCCAGUGCACGCUUCGUCCUUCAGGCGGCACGCGCGCUGCUUUCGCAUUUUAUUGAUAAAUCAAUACACCAGACCCGGAACCGGAAUGGCAAGCAGGAGGAGCGGAGAAGGUUCCACCGUCCAGCCGACGCUCCGUUAGUCAGUGCUCGCCGCGAAGCUCUGCUAAAGGCAACACACACCAGCCACCAGCAAACGCCGUUCGUACAGCGCGCGCGGCGGCCUAGUGUGCCGUGCCGUGUUGAGACUCUGUAUACACGCUACCAGGGCGCACCAGAGAAAAAUAAAAGAGCGAUACGCGGGUAGUCGGCUAGCUGGUCUGGCCCGGACACAACAUCACACAGCACGCCAAUCGAUUUUGGACCAAUUUUACAGACAAGUGAAAGUGCAGUUUGUUUGAAAGCGGAAAAGCAAAAGGUAAAGUUAAGCAGCGCGUCUCGAAAGUGUAGUGCGUGUGCAUGUGUGCGUGUGUAUUGUUUUAGCCCGAGUGGGAGCGAAGUCCCGAGGAAAGGGACGAGAGCAUGGUGGUGCCAUCGGCGAGAGCCUGCUUUUCCCUCAAGCACAACGCGCACACAUCCAAACGCGGCUAUCAUCCUCGCGGCAGCAUCUUCCAGCAGUGGCUCGAGAGGAAAGUGUGGUGAACUCAUUCGUUCGGUCGCUUCAUUCGCAGCAGUCAGCACGUUGAGGGAACACAUAGCAGCGGAAGGAAAACGGAAUAACAAACAACAACACACACACAUACAAAGGAAUCCUCACUAUACUUCUAUACAACCACAGUACUUUUUACUGCUUACCAUAUCUAAUACUCAACUUUUGGCUGUUUUGAGCGUGUUUUACCGCGAAGGGUGAAGGAUAUUCCCAUUUUACAACUUUACUUACGGAGGAGGUUGCGACGUCCCUCUACCAGCUGUGCUGUCCCUUCAGUAUUAUACAUCUAUAUUACCGAAUUUAGACCAACAAGAAAACACAUCCCCCUCGGAAGCGUCACACAGUAGAUAUUUUGCUUCCGAGAACAAAACCCCGUCAAAUGCAUAUCAGUAGGCAAUAUAGUGUUUAAGAAGCGGUCGGAAUAGAUAUAUAUCAGGAGGUGCAAGUUUUGGUGCUAAAAGGGGAUGAUACAGUGAAACAAACACACACAAACACAAACAGAGACCGGAGUAGUUUUAUGAUUCCAAAACACAUCCCCAUCACAAACCGUCGCCGAGUGUUUAUCAACAAGUGGAGGGUGUCCCAACGGUGGAGCCAUUUGGAGCCGCGCACACACAUUAGCAUCGUGGUCGACGUCAGCCGUCGUGAAUUCUAUUAUUUGCGUGGUGGUAGAGCGGCUGUGUCUCUCUAGCUGUCCUGUUCCGUUCUUUCCGGUGCCGGAGCUCGUGCCGCUGGUGUGGUAUUGGUUUGAUUUGGCGAUCCAAACACAUUCCGCGGCGUUCCCGGGAACCAUAACAUAUCAUCGCGAGCGGGACGAACGCGGGCGACGAACCGCAGGUUUGAGCAGGGUCUAGCCAGCUUCGGCCAAUCAGAGCAACAAGCCGCACAACAAGCCGGGAAGCUACAAUGAAGCGCCGAAAUGACUACAAGGUGGCGAUGGCCGAAAGCGUUGAGCUGGAACCGCUCGGUGGAAUGGACAAGCUGUCCGAGACGGACAGCAAGAAGCGCAAUGGCAUCAAUAAGUUCGGUGGCGAUAGCUCCUCGCGACCGGUUCGCGAUGGAGUUGCCGUGUGCUCACAGAAACGAGCACUGUUUGUGACGGCAAUAGUCCUCGGAACAUUGCUAGCAACGGCUCUAGUGAUAGCAUACGCGGGUCCACAGACAGUUUGUCCGUGUGCUGGGAAGAUACCACCCGGGUACGUCCCGGACGGAUACAACAGCUCGGAACCGUUCCUGCCGAUCGCCACCAACGGGCAGCCGUUCCCGUGGCUGCUGCCCACCUUACCGAACAAUGUCAAACCGAAUCGGUACAUUCUCACCAUACAUCCCAACCUUACGACGCUUGACGUAAAAGGUCAGGUGUCGAUAGAGCUGUACGUGGAAAAGGAGACGAACUUUGUGGUGCUGCACGCCCAGGAUCUUAACAUUACCGAGAAGGCGCUGGUUGGACCGAAAGGAUUUGCGUUGAAAAUUCUCCGCAUGCUGGAGUACACGCCACGCCAGCAGCUGUACAUUGAGACGCGCGAAAAGCUGCGGAAAAAGGCCAACUACACGCUCAGCAUACGGUGGCACUCUAAAAUGAUACUCGACCAAUUUGAGGGCGAUUUCGACAUGAAGAAGACAUUGGCCGCUACGGUGUUGAAGCCGGGUAGCACCAGGAAAGCGUUCCCUUGCUUCGAUGAGCCACACCUGCGAGCGGCGUUUAAGAUAUCACUCUUCCGCGAUCGGUUCCACAUCGGGCUGUCGAACUCGAUCGUGCAAGACACGGACGAUGUUGGUUUUUACAUGGGCACUGGAUUGCUGCGAGAUGAUUUUGCUGAAACGCCACCACUACCGCCCGAUUCGGUUUCGUGGGUCAUCAGUGACUUUAGGCGAGAACUGCUGGAACCAUCGGCAAAGUAUCAAAAGGUCAACGCAAGCGGCAACGGUGGGUCUGCGACAGGGGCGGGAAAAGUUCCACCCAGCACUGCUGGAGCGGGAAAUGGAAAAAGCACCCCUUCGAAGGUUACCAAGACGGAGAAAAAACCAUUCCGCAAUCUGACCGCCGUUCUGCUGUCGAAGAAUCUGUUCAAGCUCACCAACACCGCGCCGACGAAAGAAACUACCCAGAUCGAAAACGAUGUGACGAUCAGUGCGGCCGAAACUGGGCCCGCAGUCACGAAAUCAAACGGCACCGUCCUGCCAGAGCACGAUGCACUGUGGAACGGUGACACGGCGUUGAUACGAACGGCGCCGGCCUAUUCCUUCUACGCACCAGAAACACACAUCGCAAAGGGCACUUUCAUUCUGCACACCUCACGGGAUAUUUUGGAGUACCUUCAACAGUGGCUGUCGGUGGCUUACCCUCUGUCGAAGCUGGACUUUGUAGCACUUCCCUCGCUGCUGGACGAUUUGUCCAGCUCGCUCGGCAUCAUCGUGUGCCGUACAUCCUUCCUGAACGAACCGACGACCAUCUCGUCCAAGGAGUAUCACAUGUCGGUGGUGAAAAUUUCCGAAGGCAUCGUCAAGCAAUACUUCGGUGGGCUCAUCUCCCCGAAAGCAUGGAAGCACAAAUGGCUCUGGGAGGGUCUUAUACGCUAUUUGAGCCGCUUCCUGCUGGCCACUAUUCAGCCGCUCUGGCCCAUGAAGGAACUGUUCCUGAUCGACACGCUAACCAAAGCGCUUGACAUUGAUGCGCUGCAGGGUUGGGAAAGCAUCAGUGCCGGGGCGAGCGAUUCCGGCGAUAAUGAUCCGUUUUACGUGGACAAAUCGGCCGCACUGCUUUCGAUGCUACAAUCCGCCAUCGGGGAGCGUAACUUUCGGCAGUGCUUGGGCAAGUUCUUGAAAACGUACCAGUUCCAGACGGCCGAACCGAGCGACCUGUGGGCGAUCUGCGCGAAGCAGGUGAACAACAGCAAGUACGUGAGGGAGAUGAUGAACCAGUGGACCAACACGGCCGCCUUUCCGCUGCUAAAUGUAACGAUGAACGGGACCAGUCUCACCGUGAGACAGACGGGAUUCCGGCCGGCCGAGUACCUGGCAAUCUACGACGAGCCGAUGGAGGAGAUCGAGCGGGAAGGAGAGCAGGGCAGAAGCACUACCACCACACCGGUCCCGGUGGAUGCGACGGGCAAGAGUGGGUCCGGCGAGGCGGGCUCCAGAUGGGUCUUUCCGAUACACUACAUCACGGAUGUGCUCAACACGAACGAAACUGCGGCCGAGGCUGAGCACAAGGAGCAGCAGAGUUUAAUCAUCUGGCUGAACUCGAGCGAAGUGAUAAUCACAUUAAACCACACCGCACAAUGGAUCAAACUCAAUCACGGUCAAACAGGAUACUAUCGUGUUCUAUACGAUGAAGCAAACUGGGCCAAACUUGUAGAGCAGAUGCAAAUCAACAAUGCUGUAUUUAGCACUCAGGAUCGCGUUGGACUCGUUUCGGAUAUAUUUACCCUCUGCCACGCCAAUCUCAUACCGUGCCACGCGGCAAUGGAACUCAUAUCGUACUUCCCGAAGGAAAAGGAGUGGGGCCCGAUCGUGCUCGGCACGAGCCAUCUCGAAAAGUGGCGCAAGAUCCUGAAGUACUCCGAGUGCUACCUGGUGCUGGCCGAAUACGUGCGUCAAAAUCUGGCCAAAUCGAUACAGGUGCUGGGCUGGGAUGACACCGGCGAGGAUGAAACGAAGCUGCUGCGUCCCGUCCUAAUGCUCAGUGCGGCACUGUGGGAGGAGUCGGAAACGAUCAAGUUUGCCAAGGGCCUGGUGACCAACUUUACCACCCAUUCAAUACCGAUACCACCGAACCUGCGCUCCGUCGCCUACAUUGGUUCGGUCCUGUCCGGCGAGUUCCAGUACUGGCAGUUCUGCUGGGAUCGCUACAUGACCGUGCGACGCGAGAAGAGCUCCGUGCUCGAGGAGCGCAUGGAGCUGCUGCGAGCGCUUGGCGUUACGAAGGACGCCUGGCUGCAGAACCGGCUACUAUCGCACGUCAUCACGCUGCCCGUGUUUGAGAUCGUGCAGGUGCUGGAAGCAAUUGCCGGUACGCCUACCGGUGGCGCAAUGGCGUGCCGGUUUCUGCAGGCCAAGUGGUUCGAUUUCCAGUCCAAGUUGGGCCGUGGUACGGUUCAGUUUGCGCGCGUCAUCUCCGCCAUCACGCAGUACGGUUCGACCAAGUUCGACUACGAUGAGCUAAAAUCACUGGUGGAUCGGUUCGGGGACGGACCUGGCCUAAAGCUGCUUAACAUGACGCUCAGCACGGUGGCCGCGAACGUCGAGUGGGUGAGCCGAUCGCAAGCAUCCAUAUACAGCUGGAUCGAAAGCAAAUAUCACUUUUGAUUAAAGCGCCAAGCAAUAGUGAAGCGGACGUAGACUUUGUUCAUCUUAGAACAAUCCAACAAUUUUCAUCGAUGCGCAACUGUUCCGUUUCCUUUCUUCUUCUUCUACUUUUAAAACUUAGUUCGGUUUUUUUGUAAUGCCUGACUUUCAAGAUGCGUAGAAAAGGGUGGAACCCCGCAGGAGGAGAGAUGUAGCAAACCACACACAAAAAACAUACGGUAACAAAGAUAGUGAAAACGAAGGACAAUUUCUAGGACAAGCAAAAAGGGCGGCAAGAAUGCAUUUAUCGUAGUACAAUCUCAAGACUCCUUUUAUAGAUACCAAGAGGACGGCGCCUGCAGGAGGCGAAGUGUUCUUCAAUCUUCCACUGUCUACGUUUUAGGUAUAUAGGUGUAAAUAUAUAUAUUCUACAAACAUAUAAGUUACCAAAGAAUGCAAAGAAUAGUUUGUGUGAUCGACAAUUUAUAUCGUAUAUCUCGCCAGUAACUUAAGAAGAGAAGAAAAUGAACAAGGAAAAAACCAUAGCGAAAGCAACCAUAGCGAAAGCAACCAAACCAAACCGAAUAGACGAACCAGAAUGGAAAUCAUGCAUAUAAAGGCCCCGCAGAACGAUAGUGAUGGGAAGAAUGCACAAAGUGGCAGCAGAUAGACGCCACCCUCCCAUUUGGGGCGGAGGUGUGUUGGUUUUUUGUGCGUUUAGCUAUAUAUAUAUAUAUAUUAAGCUGUUUGGUGCUAAAUACGCCCGCUCGGUGUGUAUGUAUGUGCAUCCCGCAUGCUAGGUAGUAGACCGUACGCACGCCCCUCUAGUCUACGUGCUGAUCUUACCGCCGAUAGUGCGUGAUCGGGACAAAGUUACCCCAAAAAGUAGUCGACGGGAAAGCGCGCGGGUACGGCUACUAGUUAAAACGAUCCUUAUAUCAACAAUCCUAUGUUUGGUGUUCAGUGUGUGUGUAUAUGUCACGCCUGAAUGUCACCCGUUUUGCAAACAGCAGCAGCAGUGAUUUAUGUUGAAUAUAUGAAUAAUCAGUGUUCAGUAUUGAUUUAGUGCAUCUCUCAUCUUUCUAUCUCUUUCUAAUCUCUCUUCUCACUGAAAUGUGUAAUUUCCUUUGCAAGUCAGAACCAAAACUGGAACAGGCAAACACACGAAACAUGCAUACCAUGGAUACACAACGUAAUUAAAUGGUGUGAACAUUA